UCUUGCUGUCAGUGACGUCAUUAUGGAGCGACGAGGAGAUGACUCCACCGCCAGGUGGCGCUGCUGCGUCGCUAGUUUCAUAAUCGGCAAGGAAAUAGCAGGAGAAGCCGAGUGAGAGUUGCCAUAAUGUCGCUGACUGGCCGCCCCCUGCGUCUGUUCAGAGCUGUGACCCGCGGCUUCUCCAUCACCGCAGCCAGGACCCAGGGCACCGCAGCCAGGCAGAUAGACAUCAAGACACAGAAGGAACAGAGAUCUGCAAAGUCCCGGGCGCAGUUUGACUGGCGCGAUGCCCUCUGCCUGGACGCACAGUUGACUGAGGACGAGAUCAUGAUACGGGACAGCUUCCGAUCUUACUGCCAGGAGAAACUGAUGCCACGGAUCCUAAUGGCGAAUCGGCAGGAAGUUUUUGAGCGGGAGAUUAUAUCGGAGAUGGGAGAAUUGGGUGUCCUGGGAUCCACCAUUAAAGGUUACGGCUGUGCAGGGACAUCGUACGUGGCGUAUGGGCUCUUGGCCAGAGAAGUGGAGAGGGUGGACAGCAGCUAUCGCUCUGUGAUGAGCGUUCAGUCCUCGCUGGUCAUGCAUCCCAUCUAUGCCUAUGGGACAGAGGAGCAGAAACAAAAAUACCUUCCUAGACUGGCGAGUGGAGAGUUGCUGGGAUGUUUCGGACUCACAGAACCAAACCACGGCAGUGACCCCGCUGGAAUGGAGACCAGAGCUCGAUACAACCCUACCAGCAAAACCUACACGCUGAAUGGAUCCAAGACCUGGAUCACCAACUCUCCCAUCUCUGACCUAUGUGUGGUUUGGGCUGUGUGUGAAGAUGGAAGAGUCCGAGGUUUCCUAAUAGAGAGAGGAACAAAAGGGCUGUCUACCCCAAAAAUAGAGGGCAAAUUCUCCUUGCGGGCGUCAGCCACCGGAAUGAUCUUAAUGGAAGAUGUUGAAAUUCCAGAGGAAAACCUCCUGCCCAAUGUGUCAGGCAUGGGGGGACCCUUUGGUUGUCUCAACAAUGCCCGUUAUGGGAUCUCUUGGGGCGCACUGGGUGCUGCAGAGUUCUGCUUCCAUGCAGCACGACAGUAUACAUUGGAUAGGAUCCAGUUUAGUGUACCACUUGCCAGGAACCAGCUCAUACAGAAGAAGAUGGCAGACAUGCUGACAGAAAUCACCCUUGGCCUUCAGGCGUGUCUACAGCUCGGGCGCCUAAAGGAUGAGGAUAAAGCUACUCCAGAAAUGAUCUCUAUGCUGAAGAGGAAUUCAUGCGGGAAAGCUCUGGACAUUGCCCGUCAGGCCCGGGAUAUGCUGGGAGGAAAUGGGAUCUCCGAUGAAUACCAUAUCAUCAGACACGUCAUGAACCUGGAGGCUGUAAACACUUACGAAGGUACUCAUGACGUCCAUGCCUUAAUCCUGGGCAGAGCUAUCACGGGGCUGCAGGCCUUCACAGUUAACAAGUAAUCCGCCUUCUUGCGCUCUACAGAAUUAAUUUCACUGCAGUUACUAAAAGUGUCCUGGAGCCGGACUUGCUGAUAUCAGAUUGUACAGUCGUUUUCAGAACUGAUGUAUAAUAGGGUAUUUCUGGGGACUAGAGCGCCGUUUACUGCUUGAUAGCCGGCUUGUCAGUCAGGACACGUUUUAUAUGAUCACAUAUUUAUAGCUACUUAAGAUGACGCAUCCCAGGCUAUCCCAUACAUACAUCAAUGUCAUGCUGCUAGGUUUGUAUGUAUCUGAAAAUUUGGUUACGGACCUUUUACUGUUUUAUAAUUUAAAAAAUAACUUCAGCUACCAAUCGCCCUGAUGUAUAUUCUGGGUUUAUUGUAAAAUCCGAUAUGUCCGCUUUCUUAAAGGGGUUCUCCAGCAUAAGGUGAUUUUAGUACGUACCUGGCAGACAGUAAUGGACAUGAUUAGGAAGGAUCUGCACUUGUCUUGGGGCUAAAUGGCUAUGCUGUGAGAUUACCAUAAUACUGUAGCUAGCUUUUUGGGAACUGCUAUUUCCUGUUUGAGUUUUCUUCUUUGCCUACAAAUCCCAUAAUUCCAUCUUCCUCCCUCCCACACAUCAGCCACCCCACCCAUUGAAACAUAAAUGAGCUGCAUCCAUUCAAAAGACCUGCGGUUUUCAAUCAGGGUGCCUACAGCUGUUUAUUGCAUUAGUUGCAGAUUGAUCUCUCUCCCACCAAGCGAUCCCUCCACCCAUUGAAGCAGACAGGCUCCCUGUCAUCAGCUGACUAGUGAUGUAAUGUCUCGGCCGGUUUGCAACCCCUUUAAGCUUGAAGAAUGUGAACAACAAUGUAAAUGAAAAGACACAGUAAACAGGCUGAGGUCUCCAGUAAUUGUCAUGUGUUUCGAAUAAAAAAAAUCUCUAGUUUUGAAAUAGUCUG